CACAUUUUGAACUUCAAACAAAAAAAAUCGAUGAGUUUGGAAUUCCUCGCUUAAGAUGUCAGAUGGAAUGAAAUCCAAAUUUCUUUAUUGUCUCCGAACACUAAAAACAGUGUUUUUGACAGAGUGAUAAUCACUGUACCCACAGAAACUAAAAUGCAAAGAGACAUACUGCUCACUAGUCCAGAAGAAGCUGCUGUCGUUCUCAAUAAAAUAUAAUAGACGUUUAUGUCAACUAAAAGACUGUAUUGGAAGUUUCAGAAGAUAUUUGAAGAAGCUGGAGCAAAAAGAGAUGACCAACACACCCAACAAAACCGAAUGUUAUAUUCUUAUAGAAUACAUGAAUUCUAGAAUGACGGACGCUUUUUUUCCAGUACUAGUAUAUCUUGGAAUUGCUAUGGCACUUGGAACAAUUGGGAAUUUCUUCGUAGCAUAUAUAUAUUUUUAUAAAUUUGUUGAGUCAGCCACACAUCUGUUCAUUGUAGCACUUUCUGUGUGCGAUUUUCUAGCUUGCGUAGUAUGUAUUCCUAUAGAAAUUGUUAUGCUACAUUAUUCGUUCACCUUCCGCAGCGAUGUUAUGUGCCGCUUCAUUGGUGCUAUUGUGGCUCUAGUAGUGAUCAAUUCAGGUAUGAUUGUAACCAUUAUAGCAGUCGAUAGAUAUAGACUUAUAUGUCAACCUCUUAAACCAAAAUUUACUGUUCAGGAUUCAAAGAAACUCAUAACAUUAUCAAUAAUCGCGUCUUUCAUUCUUAGUUUACCGGCAGCUUUUGUGUACAGCAAACAAAACAGAAUGGUCAGAGAAUGUGGAAAUAUUGGAGAAGUGUGUUCCUUUGUUACCUAUUUAAAAGGCAAUGCAUAUCCUUUAAUCUAUUAUGUGGUAAUGGCGGGCAUUUGCUCUAGUUUGUUUAUUUUGAUCAUGACUCUAUACGGUUUAAUUGGAAUGCGUAUUAGGGAAAUUUACAAAAUAAAGAAAACGAAAGCAAUUCAAUUACUUGAACAUUCACAAGUUCUUACUACUUCCCAGAAUACGUCGAAUAAUAGUAGACGUUCCAAAGUAAAUUUACACGCUAUUACUGCUGUGAGAAAGCGAGCUUUACGGCCAACUAGGACCAAUUUAAUUUUGUUCAUCAUCACUGUGAUCUGGAUUGUCAGUUAUUUACCACAUUUCGUUGGAACAUUCUGGAGGUUGUUUAGUGAAGAUUUCGAUAACGUUGCAAGCUAUAAAGACCAAAGUCUUUACCAUUUUUUGACAUUUUCUUAUUAUAUUAACUGUACUAUUAAUCCAUAUAUUUAUGGACUUUUCAGUGAACAAUUUCGUAUUCAAUUAAGACAGUUAUUUAGUAAAUUCUUUCGCUUCUCCAAUCAAUAACAAAUCGAAUCAAAGUCAUCCUUUUGUAAAAUAUUUAAACAGCUAAGACGUUUUCGUUUGAGUGAUUUAUAUGCAUUUUUCUUUCAAAUGAAACAGUUCCUCAUGAAAAGUUACAUGAUAUCAUGUUGACAUACAUCAUAAGUUGCAUGAUGUCAUAUUGGCAUACAUCAUAAAAAUGCUUAGAAUAUGUAACUACCCAGAUCUAAUCAUAGUGUAUUUGACGAUUAUGGAAUAACUCUAGUGCACAUUGAACUAAAUGGAAAAAAAAUGUUGGUUCCAUUAGAAGAGUGGUAACAAGGAUGUGGCGAGUCAGAGGAAUCGACGCACAAGAAAUAGCCAUCAAAUCUUUUAUCCAAAUCAUAUCAUUCCAUAUUUAGAGAGUAAAAGAUACAUUGGGUAAUGAAGUCCUAGAUUCAUUUCAUGGCUAAUUCAGAUAACGAAGAGUGGCCCCCAUGACUGUUGCAGGGUUACCGGGACUGGUAAGGCAAAGGAGAAAACCCCACGAUUCACGUGUGGCUGCAGUAGUAAGCAAAGUGUCAAGGUAACGAGUCCCGGUUUGAAUACUUGCUACAGAAUAGACUCCGAUGAAAGCUGGCAUUGACGUUAAACCGGACAAUGGAUUAGGGUCUACCACACAAGGAGCAAUAUGGAUGGGAAAAGAUAUCAGAGUCAUUGCUGGAACAUAUUCACCGCAUAGGUCUGCUUAGUUAGGGAUUACUUAGAGCAACGCAACCACCACCACCACCACCAUGUAAAUUCGAACUUCCCAUGUGCCAUGCAAACAGGCAUGGGUGACUAUGGGCCUCCAUACUAAAGUCUGAAGAUUCACAAGUUUUCUCACUGCCUUCUGCUUAUGUUUUUACAGUUUGUCGCCUGCUCUCCCGAGUUUACCCACAAGACACAGCGCCUAUUUUGGGUAGAGCGUCUGGUCCACAUGACAUCAGGGCACGUUCACUCACUAGCACAGGUAGUGUGCUCGCACUCCUUAAAAUCUCAAAACAAGAACAAAGGAUGAGAAUUAAAAAAAAAAGCUGGAAAUAUUUACUAACAAAGAUGGUCAUAAAAUUCCCAAGGGAAUUCCCUAGAAAGAUAUAUAACUUAACUAAAGCAGC